AUGGCGGCCUCCUUGUGGCGGAGCUGCGCCGGGCCGCUGAGGCUGCUGCUGGCCGGGCGGCCGGCCCUGGGCGCCGCCGCCGCCCGCGGGGGCUGGAGGCUGCUGCACGGCUCCCGGCAGCGCCGCGGUACACCUGGAAUUAAGGUUCUCAUGCCUGCCCUUUCUCCUACAAUGGAAGAAGGAAACAUUGUGAAAUGGUUAAAAAAGGAAGGUGAAACGGUGAAUGCUGGAGAUGCGUUGUGUGAAAUUGAAACAGACAAAGCGGUGGUUACCAUGGAAUCAAGUGAUGAUGGUGUAUUGGCAAAAAUACUGGUGGAAGAAGGAAGCAAAAAUGUACGCUUGGGCUCACUAAUUGGUCUGCUGGUAGAAGAAGGACAGGACUGGAAGCAGGUUGAAAUACCAGCUGAUGUUAGUGAUCCAUCUUCUCUGGCUCCACCAGCAGCUGCACCUACUUCAACUCCUGCAAGUCCUUCAGUUUCAACCCCUCCUCCUAAACUGGAACAUCCACCUGGAAAAUUGCAGGUUCGCUUAAGUCCUGCAGCUCGCCAUAUUCUGGAGACACAUGGACUAGAUCCAAGCAAUGUUACACCUUCUGGGCCUCGAGGAAUCUUCACUAAGGAGGAUGCUCUCAAACUUCUCCAAGAGAAACAGAAGGGCAAACCCAGUGAAUUGAAACCUGUGGUUUCUCCAGCUCCUCCCCAGCCUAGUGCAGUGCCUUCUGCUUCACAAGCAACAGCUGUGACUUCUGCUUAUCCAAGGCCAGCAGUUCCACCAGUUUCCACACCAGGACAACCAGCUGCACCGGGCACAUUCACAGAAAUCCCAGCUAGCAACAUCCGAAGAGUUAUUGCUAAGAGAUUAACAGAGUCUAAAACUACUAUACCUCAUGCAUAUGCUGCUGCUGACUGUGACAUUGAUGCUAUUUUGAAAUUAAGAACUGAAUUGGCCAAAGAUGACAUUAAAGUAUCUGUAAAUGAUUUUAUUAUCAAGGCGACAGCAGUUACUCUGAAGCAAAUGCCAGAUGUGAACGUAACCUGGGAUGGAGAAGGCUGCAGGCAGCUGCAGUCCAUUGACAUUUCUAUUGCUGUGGCAACAGACCGAGGUCUCAUUACACCGAUCAUAAAAGAUGUUGCUGCCAAGGGAAUACAGGAAAUUGCUGCCUCUGCAAAGGCUCUAGCAAAGAAAGCAAGAGAUGGAAAGCUGUUACCUGAAGAAUACCAGGGAGGAUCUUUUAGUAUCUCCAAUCUGGGCAUGUUUGGCAUCAACGAUUUCACUGCGGUCAUAAACCCUCCACAGGCCUGCAUCCUAGCUGUGGGUCGAGCAAGACCAGAGCUCAAGGUUGUGGAAGAUGAAGAAGGGAAUGAGAAGCUUAAGCAGCAUCAACUGAUGACAGUGACUCUUUCAAGUGAUGGUCGUGUGGUAGAUGAUGAACUGGCUUCAAAGUUUCUGGAGACCUUGAAAGCAAACCUCGAGAAUCCAAUACGACUUGCCUUGUGUUAAACUCAGUGAAGAUUACUUCCUGUUUUGACGACACAGAGAACUCUGUUACAGAAAAACACCCCCAAGUACAUUGGAGGGGAGUAAAUAGUGCGAGAUAGACAGUUAAAAUAUUUAAUUUAUUGAAUUAAUAUGAAAAACUGUUAAUUUUCAUGCUUUUAGUCAUUUCCAAUGAUCAGGUUUUAUAUUGUAAAGCUAAAAAAAAAAAGACUUCAAAGUUAACAUACCACGUUUCUUUAAACAUUUAGUACUAAUAGGACAUAACGUUUGCAUAGAAAAGUCAAUCUCCUCUGUAAAAGAAAGCUUAAGAAAGCUUAAUAAAAUGUAUAAGGGAGUGAGGUGCUUCAUCUAAGGGCUAAAUAUCUAGCUUUUAUAGUGAGGUAAGCAAAACUUAUAAUUGAGCAAUGUGCUGCUAUCACUCCUGAUCAAUACUGAGGUUGUGGAGUAGCUAAUUUGUAUUGCUGCUGUAGUUUUUCAGUUUGCAAAAUCCUUGUCUGGCAUGCUGUACCAUCCAAAUAAGAUUGAAGUAAGGUUCAUAAGCUUUUGACAGAAAUUUCAGUGGAUUCCUACAUAAGAGCAAAGAAGUUAUAAACCAAAAAGAAGUUUUUGGUUUCAUUCUUCUUUUCUACAAGCUGCACUGAGG